CUCUCUCUCUCUCUCUCUCUCUCUCUCUCUCUCUCGCGACUGUGAGAGAGUUAGCGAAAGAGUUAACAGGGAACUUCAUUAUCAUGAUGUGAGGAUUUUCAUUUUAGAUCUCGUGAAGGAAGAGUUACCAGAUAUUGAGACCUCUAUCUGAAUCCAUCUCCGUGAAAACUUAGUUUGUUCAAUCGGCGAGUUCUUCAUUUGAAUCGGUCGACUGCGGUGAAAGGAUGACACGUGUCUUUGGUUACAAGCAUUAUAUUUCUUCAGUUUAUGAUUUUCACUAGAUUUUUUUUUUCUUCACUUCUCCAUAUGGAAGAAUGAAUACAGGACAGAGAGCUCUAAAGUUCAAAGCUGGAUCUUCUUCUCGAUUGGAUGCUGGUGAAGUGUACAGAAAUUUGAGCAAGUGUCACCUUGGAAGCGUAAUAUUUGGUUGCACGAACAGCACCAUAAAGGAAUGUCUUUCUAACCAGCUUUUUGGCUUGCCUUCUCAACACUUUUCAUAUGUGAAGAACAUUGAUCCUGGUUUGCCUUUGUUUCUAUUCAACUAUAGCGAGAGAAAGUUGAAUGGUAUCUUUGAGGCGGCUAGUUCAGGACAGAUAAAUAUUAAUCCAUAUGGGUGGACUACUGAUGGUUCAGAGAGAACACUAUAUCCAGCUCAGGUUCAAAUUCUUGUUCGGAAGCUGUGCCAACCUUUGUUAGAAAAUCAGUUCAAGCCUAUAAUUAAGGACAACUAUUAUAGCCCCAAUCAUUUCUGGUUUGAGCUUGACCAUGCUCAGACAAAUAAGUUGAUUUCUUUAUUAUCAUCUCAAGCAAUGACUCUACAUGUACCACAAUUUACAACGAACUGCAAACCUUGUUGUACAGUCCUCCCCUCCUUGGAAUCAAGGGAUGAAGGUGAAAAGAUCAAAUCACAAAUUAUGGAGGAGCACUUUGACCUGGAAAGUCAAGUAGUGGACGCCGUAGAUGUUACUUCCUCAUUAGAUGCAGGGAAUAGUGCACUUGGAGCUCAUUGUUAUGCAAAUGAAUCCGAUGAAGAGGUGAAGUGCCGAAUAUUGCAUAAACUACAACAAUUUGCUAUAAAGCAUCAUGAAAGUCCAAUGUUGCCUUUAACAAGUGAUAUGAAUCAUACUACCAUUAAUAAGGGCAAUAAUUUGGUGAAUAAUGGUAGUUCCGGUGAACCAAUAAAGUCCAAAGAGAGCGAUGAAGAGGACUUUGGUACUUUGACUGGACUUCAGUCUCCAAUUGCUAAGUUGGUUCAAGAGCUACAAGAGCUUAAGGAAUCUAAUGCAGAACAAGCUAGGAGAAUAGUUUUCUUGGAGGAAAAGCUGUUGGCGGCAGAAGGUGAAAUCCAGGAGUUGAAGGGUCGUAUAACGUCGAAUAAUUUGCCAAACUCAAAUGCAGUAGAAGCAAAGAGGGUAGUGGUGGAGGAACAAUUGGAAGACUUGUGUUUGGAUCCUGAUGAAUCCAUUUUUCUUAUUGGAGGAUAUGAUGGUGCAUCACACUUGUCAACUUUGGAAUUGUAUGACCCUUCUAGCGAUAUGAUUAAAUCACUUCGCCCGAUGAGCUCUGUACGUGCAUAUGCUUCUGUUGCAUGGUUGAAUAGUCAGCUUUAUGUUUUUGGUGGUGGUAAUGGUUGUGCAUGGUAUAACACAGUUGAAUCAUAUAACCUGGAGACCGAUCAGUGGACCUUGUGCCCUUCUUUAAAUCUGGCAAAGGGAAGCCUCGGAGGAGUUAGCAUUGGUAACAAAUUAUUUGCUAUUGGUGGUGGAAAUGGUAUUGAGUCGUUCUCAGAUGUUGAAAUGCUUGACAUGGAUCUUGGACGAUGGAUUUGUACAAGGUCAAUGCUACAAAGGCGAUUUGCCGUUGCUGCAGUGGAGCUCAAUGGCGUACUUUAUGCAACAGGGGGGUUUGAUGGUAAUGACUAUAUGAGGUCUGCUGAAAGGUUUGACAUCAGAGAACAUUCAUGGACUCAAAUCCCUAAUAUGAAUGCAAAGCGAGGAUGUCAUUCAUUGGUGACUUUGAACGAGAAACUUUAUGCUGUUGGGGGAUUUGAUGGAGAUUCCAUGGUUUCGAGCGUUGAAGUAUAUGAUCCACGUAUGGAAUCGUGGAUCGUUGGGGAACCCAUGAAUAAGACGCGAGGAUAUGCGGCAGCUGGAGUCAUCAAUGAAUCCAUAUACAUAAUUGGAGGUGUGUUAAUUGAUGACAAAAUUUUGAACACGGUUGAGAGUUAUAAAGAAGGGUGCGGCUGGCAGGAAAAGACGUCCAGGGUUCUAAGGAAAAGGUGUUUCCAAUCGGCUAUCGUUCGCUGAGCGUGAGAAGAGGCUCCCACCUGCACGUAGUUGGUAUGUUGGUAUGUUGGUAUGUUGGUAAUAUCCAUAGCUGCAAUGGUUUCCUUUUGAAUAGCAAAGAGGCAUAAACUCCCAACUUUUCAACAUCGGUAGUCAAAAUCUCAAAAAUCUAUUGAAAACACAAAAGUAAAAACAAGCCUAGUUGACUCAAAAGGAGGGUUAGAAACUUAUAAUUUCACCUAAUGAUGUUUUUUUUUUCCACAAAAAAAAUCACCUUUUUACUUCUGACAUUUUUCACCAUUUCCUCAAAUUUUUGUGUUUUUUCAAAUGAUUUCGAAAAUUGUCUAAUUAAAGGCCCUUUUUUAAAAAAUAUUUUCAAUAAAAGUUUUUAAAUCACCCUAUUUAGAAAAUAUUUGUUAAACUAUAAGUUUUGUUUGAACUUUGAUUUUGUGAAUUUUAAAUAGUAUCAA